UGUGAGGGGCUGGGUUUCCUCGCAUUUUCUUUGAGGUGUGGGGGUCUUAAGCAAAAAAAAAAAAAUCCUGCCCCCCCCCCCCCCCCCCAACCAACCCUCAUUGUUUAGGGGGAAUAGGUUGCCAGCCCUCUUUUGUUUACCCCCUCCCCUCUUUCCCUCUCGCCGCGCAGCCUUUGCUCCUCACAGCAUUUUGCAUGAAAGUGGCAAUCUGUGAGGAUUACCCAGUGUGAGGGUCGACCACCACCACCACCACCAGCAGCAGAACUAAACGAAACGAAACGAAAGAAAAAGGACACUGUAGCUCGGGUGCUGAUUUUUGACUCAGGGCAGACGUGAAGACAUGGGCUCCGUUUCGAACCAGGAAUUCCCAGGAGUGUGCAGGACCGAGGAGGGCGAGGGGCCCAGGACCGAGGAGGGCGAGGGGCCCGGCGCCGAGGACGACUCGCAGUCGUUCCGCGGGGCCGGCGUGUGCAAGUGGUUCAACGUCCGCAUGGGCUUCGGCUUCCUGUCCAUGACCAGCCGGGAGGCAGAGCCGCUGGCCGAACCGGUCGACGUGUUCGUCCAUCAGAGCAAGUUGCACAUGGAAGGCUUUCGCAGCCUGAAGGAGGGCGAGGCGGUCGAGUUUACCUUCAAGAAGUCUUCCAAGGGUCUGGAGUCUCAGAGAGUCACUGGACCGGAAGGCAUCCACUGUGUGGGCAGCGAGCGAAGACCCAAAGGCAAGAAGCUCCAGAAGCGACGUUCAAAGGGAGAUAGGUGCUACAACUGCGGCGGCCUUGACCACCAUGCCAAAGAGUGCAAGCUACCACCCCAGCCCAAGAAGUGCCAUUUCUGCCAGAGCAUCGACCACAUGGUUGCCAACUGCCCGAUCAAAGCACAACAGUCCUCCCCUGGUUCUCAGGGAAAGCCGUCCUCCUUGAAAGGAGACGAGGAGGAGCACAGCCACUCGGCACUGCCACCCGAGAUCUCCGAUUAGACGAGGAGUCGGGGCAACGCUGACGCCGGGGGAAGCACAGAGGCCAAUCAAACUGCUUUGAUGGAGGGAUGGGAACCACACCGUGAUCCCCUUCCACCUGUUGAAGCUGCUUUUGGAACAACCUCAGGUUUAAAAAAAAAAAAAAUUGCUCAUGAAGAAUGUUGCUGAAGUUUUCUUUUUUGUUUGUUUGUUUUCACUUGGUGUAACACUCAGGAAUACUGCUGUAUUAUUGCACUCAGGACGCUUUCUAAAUGUUUGAAUCACUGCUGUUUUUGAGGGCUUUGAGAAUGUGGUGAGUUAUGCCACAUGAUAGAUUAUCUCAAUGAGUUUUUAUAUAACCAUCUUUUUUUUAAUUUUAUGUGAUGCUGUGCCUCUCCUGUGGGCACUAUACCUUUUGCUUUUAUGUAAUUUUCAGUCAGUUUGUUAAGUAUGGAGCUACACAUUCGCUGCCUUACCAUUUAGUCUUCUUCCUGACUGUUACACCUCAGUAUCCGACAAGGCAGAGGCGUGACUGUUCGUACCUCUGCAAUGAAUGUUAGCUUGCAUAUCGCAUGGGAAAUGGGAGGGUUCGUGAAAACACAUGGGAUGGGUUUUAGGGUAUAGCUAAGGGCAAUGUAUUGGCAUCUGCCAAUAAAGCAGUUGACCAUCCAGUUUUCCUGGGGCCAAAUGAAUGUCAGACCAUAAGUGGUAUCCAGCUUUUGGUCAGUUUGUUUUUGUCAUUUCAUCAUUUUCAUCCAGCAUUUCGCUGGCUGUCUAAAGGUGCACUGUCUACCUCAAUGGUGCAUGUUUGGUCUGCUACUUAAAGUGUCAUCCUAAACACUGAUGGUAAACCAAAUAUUCUCAUAAUACAGUUUUGGAGAUUGAGAUUUGAAUUGGGAUUAAAUCAAAUCCUUUUUGCACUACAGUGUUUACACAGGAUUGUCAUUAGUUUUGGUUUACCUACUUAAGGAGUAACUUAAAAAAUCCUCUGAAAAUAUAGUUUUUGCUGACAUCCAGUCGUUGAGCUGCUCAUCUUGCGCUGUUUCAGACAUGAACGCCAGAAAAUGUUGGGAAAAAUUGGGUCCAGAGUUUGCCUUUCACAUAUGACGAACGCAGCAGGGGAUUGUCUGAGUCACAAAGCCUGUGGUGUCCCUGUAAAACGAGAAUUCCGCUGCAGAAUGUAGUGUAUUUGUUUAUAGUCAUCAACACGCCAACUCACUCCCUGUGAAUUUUCUGGAGGUUUUCUUGCUGUUUUCUCACAUAAGGCUCAGUGAUAUUUUUCCACUGGGUGCAUUGACUCUAAGUCUCCACCAGAGAGGGCUACAAUGCUGCUUUUCAGUCAGGUUCUUAAAUUACUCUUCAACCUUUCUUGGAGCUGGAAUCCUUACUAUGGUCAACUUUCCAUCUACAAUACAUCCUCAUUUAAUGGUGGCUGUGUUAAAGGCUGCUGCUUUAUUAUUAUCUCAACGUGGAUUUGAUAGAAUUCCCACUAAUGUGAUACUGAACCGUAUACAUGUACAACAUAACUUCUGAUAAGAUUCUUGACUUGGACUGAGUUACUGACAGGUCCAGCUAGCUCUCCUCUUGAUACUUGAAUAAAAUGAGGCAGAAUCAGACAUGAUGUUGCCAGUGGGAUGACUGGUGUUUUUGUUUAUAUCCAGUGUGAUCCAUUUCUAGGUAGUUAUUUAAGACAUUACCUCCCUAUGACCCGUAGUAGGGUUAUAGUUCAGGAACACCAAGCCUCCAUGGAGAAGCAUGUAGAACUAGCUAGCCAAUCAGCAUUUUACUCCCAUUUUACAGGAGAAGCUGACGAGACAUUUACACCCAAUUAAUAUAUAUGUAAAAUUAUUCUAAAGCCUUUUUAAGAAAAAUAAACAUACUACUUAUUUAUUUUCAUCCAAGAAUGCUGCAGCUUCCCCUGCUCCUGUUGAAGCCUCUCUGCAAUUAAUGUUUGAUUAGACAUCAGAAAACUGCAAAAAUGUCAUUCAAAGCUACAUAUGACUUGAGAAUAUAUUCGGGUAACGCAUUUUUAACAUCAUGGUAUUACUUUGUACAUGUGUGCGUGAUAAAUAACGGUCCUUAAUAAUUCAAUGCAGUACGAACACAGCGAAACAGUGAUAUUGCAAUACAAGAGUAACAAUAUACAGCACAUACUGUACAGGUACAAAGUAUUAUGAGGGCUGACCUAAACUGUGAGUUUCUUUUAUUUCCUUUGCCUUGUAUGAUUUUUAUUUUUCUAAUUCUUUUGUGCACAAUGAGUCUUUCAGGAGCGAGGCACAUUGUUAUUCCUAUCUAUGCCUAAACCAAUGCAAUGUUACUCUGCACUAAUAAUGUGUAAGAUGCAUUUGUUUAUGUUUUUCUUAUAUAUUCAGUUCAAGGUCUUUUGACUAUAUGUUCUAUAUAUUAUACUAUAUUAUUUAGAUUUUCAUAUACUACAUACAGUUGGUUGCUGGUUUGAAAAAAAAAACUCUUAGUCUCAUCUCAGGAAAUGCCAAUCUGAAAACUCAGGGAUUACUUCAGAUUGAUUGGAAAGAGUUUAGGAGUGUUCAAUCGAGACAGAAUUGGGAUUAAUUGGUCAUCGCCAUGAUGUGAAAAUAGGACAAGGGAGCCACAGUAAAAUGGGCUUAGUACUGUCUGUUUUUCAGUGUCUUGGUGCAACAGUUUCUCAUUAUUCAUAAGAAGGAAAAACAAAGAUUACAAAUGAUGGGAAACAGUUAAGAUUUACAUUUGCAAGCAUUUUAACUCAACCUUCCAUGCACACGACGUGAUGAUCUUUAUAUUUUUUCUCCUCUUUGAAAUAACUUGCCAUGUUUUAUUAUGAUACGCAGAAAAUGUUCCACUAUUAUUGUAUUUUUUCCUCUAUUAUCGUUGUAGAUGGGGAUGUAGUUGAAUGUUGUUAAAGGGAUUGUAGUAUAUAAUCUGGGGUUGUCUCAUCUCAACACAUGGCCGAUACUUGGUGUUUCAGACUAUCAAUGCUUUCGACAAAAAGAAUGUGUCAUGAAUGAAUCAACACUCGAAUCUUGUUUCAUACUCUGAUUUUAGGUGAUGUUAAAAUUUUUGAAAAGGUUGCAUGAGGAAACACUUGAUAAUUCCACUCAGGAUAUAAAAGGACAGAAAGAUUGUUAAUGCAAGUGCUCUGAUUAGUUGGAAUGGUUUUCUUUUUUCUGCAUUUUUACAUUGAACUUUCCUUUCUCCCCUUUGUAAAGGGGAACACACAGAUGACUUUUGUUCAUCAGUUUCCAUGAUUGUAAUGUAAAAAAAAUGUACUCAAUACCUCAUCUGUCAAACUCUUAAUAGGGGAUUCCGACACCCACUAUUUAGGUAGAGGUUGAAUGAAAGUGUUUAUUGUAAUGUUUGCAAUAUUCUGCUGUACUUGGAUGUUUUCAAAGUAUCAUUUGAAAACUGAAAGUCCAUGAAAGACAUUCUGAUUGCAACAAACCUGUUUGACCCCUCAUUGGUGUGUUAUUGUGAUUUGUUUGUCAGGUGUUAGAUGGGUUAGAUAUACCUUUAAAAAUAUCCAAGGACCUUUAAAACUGUGCUCGGGUAACAUUUGAAGCACAUCAUGCUUUUCAUGAUACAUCUUGUUUGUGACCAUCAGCCAUUCUAUUUGUGAUAUUGUAUCCUAUAGAGUAAAUGGCUAGAGCUACUUCCAAAAAGAAUGUGCUUUUAUUACUGAUGAAUGUAUCAGAUGUUUACUGCCAAAAACCUACAAUUAUCUUGAUCUCAGGCGAUUUAAUGGCUAGUUUGUCAAUGAUGAGCAGCAUGUAGGCUUUUCAAAGUUUUACUGUGAUUAUGUUUCUAUAUGUAAAGAUCUGGUCCAUUUCUUAAUAAAUGUCAAU